CGCCGCACAGAGUUCUGGGACUUGAGGUCCGCGGCCCGUUUCCCAAGUUAGCGCUCGGGGCCUGUGGAAACAUGAAGAGGGUAAACAGCUGUGUGAAGAGUGAUGAGCAUGUCCUGGAGGAGCUGGAAACAGAAGGGGAGAGGCAGCUGAAAAGCCUCCUUCAGCAUCAACUUGAUACCUCUGUCUCCAUUGAAGAAUGUAUGUCUAAGAAAGACAGCUUUGCUCCUGGUACUAUGUACAAGCCCUUUGGGAAGGAAGCAGCUGGGACUAUGACUUUGUCCCAGUUCCAGACACUGCAUGAGAAGGACCAGGAAACUGCUUCUCUCAGGGAACUAGGGCUUAAUGAAACAGAAAUCUUGAUCUGGAAGAGCCAUGUUUCAGGUGAAAAGAGGACAAAACUGAGGGCAACUCCUGAAGCAAUACAGAACCGUCUUCAAGAUAUUGAAGAAAGGAUCUCAGAACGUCAGCGCAUCCUUUGCCUGCCCCAGAGAUUUGCAAAGAGCAAACAGCUGACUCGACGAGAAAUGGAAAUAGAAAACUCUUUAUUUCAGGGAGCUGAUCGUCACUCUUUUCUCAAGGCACUUUACUACCAAGCAUACCACAAAAAGACAAGUGCAGACAAGUACAUGACCUCAAUGAAGAGGAAGAUAAAAUUAGGCACAAAAGAUGAACCCCAAAAGAAGAACAAAGGUGAUCCCAUGAACAACCUGGAAAGUUUUUACCAAGAGAUGAUAAUGAAAAAACGUCUUGAAGAGUUCCAACUUAUGAGAGGUGAACCCUUUGCUUCCCACUCACUGGUCUCAGCUACAUCAGUGGGUGAUAGUGGCACAGCUGAGAACCCGUCAUUACUCCAGGACGAGGGAAAACAGGCAGCACAGGGUAAAGGUCCCAGUCUCCAUGUGGCAAAAGUUAUUGAUUAUUCACCUGAGCAGUGUUGGACUGGGCCUAAGAAGCUGACGCAGCCAAUAGAAUUUGUCCCAGAAGAUGAAAUCCAGAGAAAUCGUUUGUCAGAGGAAGAGAUCCGAAAAAUUCCUAUGUUUUCUUCAUAUAAUCCAGGGGAGCCAAACAAGGUGUUAUACCUGAAGAACCUUAGCCCUCAGGUGACUGAAAAAGAUCUGGUCUCAUUGUUCGCUCGAUUCCAGGAGAAAAAAGAACCUCCAAUUCAAUUCCGAUUGAUGACUGGACGAAUGAGGGGGCAAGCUUUCAUCACCUUUUCCAAUAAGGAGAUAGCAUGCCAAGCAUUGCAUCUAGUAAAUGGAUAUAAACUACGUGGGAAAAUAUUGGUGAUAGAGUUUGGAAAGAACAAAAAGCAACUGUCAGAUCUCCAAGCUGCUUCUCUCAUACCAUGUGCUACAGAUGGUACUACAGAAAUCAGUGGUAGCUAGAAUAUAUAUAGAUUGUGGGUCCUGGAUGGUCUUUCUUGCAUCCGAAUCUUGGAUCUAGGAUUUGUGUACAGAUAGCAAUUUAUUUGGAGUUGAAGAGGAGAAACUAACUGAGAGAGAAAAAAGUAAUUGGGAUAAUCCCCUUCAGCUUUUGGAUAGAAUUGGUAGAAAACAAUUUCUAUAAUCAAAAACUAUGUAGGACAGAUAAUAUACUAAGUAUGAAGGGUAGUGUAUAAAAAGUAUUGUUUUCUCAGGAUAACAUUACAAAAAAUUAUUACUGGGGAUUUUUCAAAAUCCUUAUAAUUUUGCUGGGUCUUCAAUAUUUGUCCCUAGAGAUAACAUUCUUUCCAAGACUGCCUCCUAUAUACAGACCUAAAAAAACUAAAUAAAUGUUGAAAUAUUUAUUCACUAGA